GGUACGAGAGGCCGAAAAAUUAUUUUUCUGGCGCUGAUCACUUAUAUAAUGAUAAUUUGAGGAUGGAGAGUGAGCAGAGCGUGGCUGUGCAGCCGCCGCUGAGCAGCGGGCCGGGCCGGCCGUCGCCUGAUCAGCUCAGCUCCGACCUCGAGCUGGACGAGGUCCAGGCCGAGGCCAACCACAGCUCGGAGGAGGAGCUCGAGGGCUUCAACUGCCGCGAGCGCGAGAAACGCAAGUGGUCACAGGUGAAGCGAACGUCACGUGACUCGAGCUGCAGCUCGGACGAGGAGAUGGCGGGCCCACGGGGCCCCGCCUCGCCGGCGCCCGUGCAGUUCCGCUCGUCACCCCCGGCUGGCGCACAUCGACCCGGCCGCGCCAGCACGCCGCCGCGUAGCGUGGCGCGCGCCGCCGACGUGGACUCGCCCGCCAGGGGGAGGAAGCGGCACCGCGGCCUGCCGCCACUCGGCAUGCAGCGGCCCUGUCUCGACUUCGAGAAAAUGCAACAGGAGGGGAUCCGAUCUGUCACCACCUGGCGGCCGUCAGCGGAACUUUCCCUGUUCUGCUGGUAGCCCAGCGGCCAGCGCACCUGAAACAGCGCCCCGCCAGCACAGACAUCUGGCGGGGACGAACAAAACCACUACUGUACCUAACUACCGCCGCGCGUCGCGUGCGGUCGGACGAACGAACGGUUGGCGUGCGUGGACUGGAAUCGGUCAGGGAUGCGUGGUCUUAUUUGAACCGGUGAUGGCGUGGCUUGAGACGAUUGAUUCCACCUCGGUUCUGUGCUCGCUUUUUGCCAAGUGUAUAGACGCCCGUCACGUACGGCGGGCCCUAGUUUUUGUACCUCACCGUGAAGACCAGUGGGCCGGCGCGCCCGGUAGCAUUCGCUCGUAUUGUGCUCUUCUCCGCCCCUCUUGGCGUGCCGGGGGAGGCGGCCCGCGGCCGCCCCUCCGCCCCGCCCGCCGCUCGCCCGGCCGCGGGCGGCGGCGGCCAGACGGGCUGCCUCCGUUCCUCCUGAUUUCUGUGAUCUGCCGCCAGGGUGGGCCCGUAUGUUGUGUUGUCGCCUGCGGCCGGCGGUCGCCUUUUCGACCGCGUCGGUGACCUGUGGCGGUUCCGCCGCCGCGGCAGGCGGACGGCUCGUCGAGUGUUUUGCCGAAGCUCGGUUCUAGUUGUGCUUCGCUCUCGGAACUGAGGACGCCGAUUCGCAUGCGUGUAGGGCAUACGCUUUUCGACAAGAAAGCCGUUUUUGAAUGCGGAAAUACACGUUAGCAAGCACG